CAAGCUAGGGUUCAUGUCCUGGUUCUGGUAUUCAUAGCUAGCGCGCUGCGAGAAACAACACUGCCGCAACGCAACCGUUAGCAAACACACGAACACUGUGUGACCUUUCGUCGAACACUUGGAAGGCACAAUGGGAGGGAGGAAGAAGAAGUUCAUCGACAAGAAGAACUCUGCUACCUUCCAACUCAUCGCUCGCGACUCCUCCGACCCUUCCUUCUCCCACUCCGAUCGCGUCUUCGUCCGCGUCGACAACAACCCUGUCUCCAUCCCCGUCGCUGCCGACUCCAUUUACGAAGACGCCCCUGACGACGGCGACGACGACGACGACGAAUACGGCGCCGGACUCGACGGCGGUCCGCUGCCGGAGGACGUCAGGCGCGAGAUUCUCGAGCUAGGGUUUCCGGAUGAUGGCUACAACUACUUGAGUCACUUAAGGGAAAUCAAGAACACUGGCGCUGGUUCUUCCUUCUUUCACAACCCCAAGUUCAAGCUUCAGCACCUCCCUCGAGAUGUUAAGGCGUAUGAUGCUUCGAGGUUGCAAAUUUCUGAGGCUGGUGGAGAGCCUGAGGAGAAUUCCUUGUACAGUGUUGCAUCCAAGACUACCAGUGUAAGGAUUCAGAAAGCGGUUGAUCCUGAAGUGGCUGCAUUGCUUGAUGAUAGCGAUGUGUCACGGUUGGGCUCUGAUGUCGAAGAUUUGGAAGAAGACUUUGUUGUCAGGGCCAAUCUAGAUGAAGAUGAUGAAGAGAAGGAUCGUGUAUGCAAUGGAAUGAAUUUCGCUAUGGAAUCUGUGAUAAAUGGAAACCAAAACAAUGGGCAGGCACUGCAAGUUUCUGCCCAUUCCAGAGUUACAGAUGGCUUUGUACCUUUGGAUGGGGCUACAGAUGGUGUACCAGGAGUGGACUGUGUUGGUGAGAAGCCAAGAGUUCGUCGUUUGCUGGAUGAACAAUUUGAUUUGCUUGAACGCCAAGAAUAUGGAUCUGAUGAUGACUAUGAUGAUGAUGGUGAUGAUUAUUAUGAAAAUUAUCAAGCUGAUGAAGAUGUGUCCCUUGCUGAGAAGCUUAAACGCUCUCUCAACAACAAUGUGAUGGAUGAUCUAGAACUUGAUGAUGAUAAGUAUAAGGUUCCUGCAGAUUUAUUGAAGAAUAAAGAUGCCCCGCAUGAGGAACAAGAGGAGCCUGCUGCUGAUGUAAUUCGCCGUUGCAAGGAAUAUGCUGAGGAGUACGAAGUUGAAGAUGAAGACAAGGAUGUUGUAUUUGUACAAGAAAGUAGUGAUGAAUCAGAAGCUUGGGAUUGUGAGACUAUUGUUUCGACGUACUCUAAUUUAGAUAACCACCCUGGAAAGAUUGAAGCGCCUGGAGUAUCUAGGAAAAAGAAAUUGGCUGAAACUGUGUCUGCGGCCUUGAGUUCCUCUAGUCAAAUAAUAUCCCUUAGAGGAAAACAGAAUCUCCCCGUAGACUUCUUGCCUAGUGGUAGGAAACCGACCACUGAAAAGGCUAAAGGCCCGAGCAUCGAAAGAACUGAACAGUUUAAGAGAAAACAACAUGGCCUUGAGUCAAAGGAGGAGAAGAAAGAACGGAAGGCUGCUGUCAAGGAGGAACGCCGUGAGGCGCGUCGCAUGAAAAAAGAAAUGAAAGAGCUUUAUAAAUGUGAAGCACAUCGAGCACAGAGAGCUGCUGCUGUGUCUGGUCCUUCUUCCAUUCAUCUUAUAUAAGUUAAUUCCAAGUACUGGCUUCUCACUCGCGUGUCUGCUAUUCCACUUCUGUGAAGCUUGUGAGGUCUUUGAUGUCUUCGUACAUCAUGACAGUUUUGCCACUUGAACAUUGCACGGGAAUUUUGCGAGUCUUUUUGCCCAAACAAAAACGUGCUCAGAGUUUUGUUAUUCUUAUACAUAAAGGUUAAGCAAAAAUAGUUAUUUUGUUUUUGCUGAGGUGAGUGUUUUAGUGGCUUUUGUUUUGGCCUAAGUUAUACAGGGGCUAUGCAAAUAGUUUUAAUUAUCUUUCUGUGUUUUGUUUUUUAUAUGGUCUAGUGAACAAAGGCUAUGGCUAUCAAUUAUAUUUUAUGCCUUUUGGCCAAUAUAUUAUGAUGUAUGUAACAACUAAUUUAGCUAUUUAGAAUUAUGAAGUGA